AUGUUAUCAUUAUGUUCUUUAAAUAACCAAAGAUUUGAUGUGGAAAUCGAAGUGGAGAACAGGAAUUUACCUGAAAUGGAAGAUCUUUAUAUUUCAAAAAAGCCAGGUGAUGAUGAAUUUUUAUCGGUUGAUGAUUCCGAUAGAUUCUUUGGUGAUCGGAGAAUGACAGGAUCUCCAGGAGGACAUAAUGAUGAAUACCAGGUCGAGAUUGCAGUAAAUAUUAAAAGUAGCGUAAGGAAUGGAAUGUCAUUUGUCCAAAAUGAUGGAUCAAAAUCGGUUUUUCCUUCACACACUUUAAUACUGUCUAAUAAGGAGAAAAAUAGGACUUACAAGACCAAAAAAAAGCCAUCCGAAAUUAAAAAAGCAAAUGGUCUUACCUCUACUUGGAAAGAUUACCAAACAAAUGCAACAGUUAAUGACUUUGAUAAAGAUAAUUGUCAACAAUUUAAGGAUAGAUCUCUUCCAAAGUUUCCCUUUCUUGCUUUUGAUAAUUUGAUUUUUAUUAUGUUUCAAGCAUUUCAGUUGUAUUUUUGCUUCAAUGCGAUAUUUCAUGAACAUAUUAUUCAAAUUAUAACAAUUACUGUACUAAAUUUUUGUUGGGCACUUUAUGGAACUGUACAAGCUGUUGAGGUCAAAAUUUCAUUAGGUGAACUAGAUGAGCUCUCCAACUGUGUAAACAAACCUACUCUUGUGCCAAACUUUUGGGGAAACGAUAUUCCAUGUGUUCUAUUGUUUACUUUUGGUGUUAGGGUAGUGAAACACUUUCGUCAAGGAUUAAAAGAAAUUCUUAAUAAAAAUGAAGUUCAACAAGAAGAACCUCCUUCACAAAAUCCUGGAGGUUUGGCACACAUUUGGGAUGAUCUAGAAUUUGAGCCCGAAAAAAGAAAAAUUGAAACUGACAUUACAUGA